UGUAUCUGUUCAUACAUGUGUGCGCGGCUGUUACUGCUUGGAAACGGAACCGUUGUGUCAGAGUCAUGUUGCUGUGGGGACAGUACUAUAGAUCGCACAGUGCUUUUUCCGGAAGUGGAUUGCACGUGUGUAAUACAGGGUACAGCUGGACGUUUGGAGUUGCAGAUCAGUCAAUUAGCCGUCAGAAUGCCUAAAGCUCCACAUAAUAAAGGUAAACAAGAAAAGAAAGUCAUCCAUCCGUACAGUAGAAAAGCUGCUCAGCUUAGCACGAGAAGGUCCAUAAACAGGACAGAAAGAAAAGAAAAGUUAAAAAAUGAAAAAGCAAUAAAACUAAGUAUAAUUGGUGAGAAACUUCAGUGGUUCCAGAGUCAUCUUGAUCCUAACAAAUCAGAAUUUACCAAGAAUGAAACUUGUGAUCUAAUCGAAAGCUACUUGCAUCGAUUCGAUAGUGAGUUAGAACAAAUUGAACUGCACAACAGCAUCAAAGGUAGACAAGCAAGGCAGCAUGGCUCCCGGGAGACUGUCAUUAAACAGACCAUAGAGCGUGAAAGGAGACUGUACAAUGGAUAUGGAAUGGAGAUACCAGAUAUUGUGAAUUCAAAACAUCUAAAGACUUUCAGAGAAUGGGAUUUGGAUCUGAAGAAGCUGCCAAAUAUUAAAAUGCGCAAAUUUUCUGUCAGCGAUUCACUUCCUAAAAGUGAGAAAGAUCUUUCAGCCAAAGACGACAAAGAGGAAGAAAACCUGGAAAAUGAAGAAAAGUCUUCUCUCGAGUCAGACAGCGGAAGUGAGUGAAGUGUACAGAGAGGCUGUUCAAAUAUGAAAACAGCAAAACUACAUAGAAACGGCUUCGAAGGCAAUAUCUUCCAUACUUGGAAUGCGAAAUGAAGAAUGUUAUUUGAAAUUUGUCACAUCUUACAUAACUGUUAUUCAUAACAGAACUUUUUAUAUGCUUGCAAGAUCUUUUGAUGUUAUUAACCCAGAUUGGUGGGAGCUCUUCAUACAAGGCCCAAGUGAAAAAAUAAUAGUUUUUCUGAUGUGCCAUGGCAUACAGCUCUAUAUGUCUCAAGUGAGAUGAUUAACUGAAGAGUGAGCAUAUUUCAAGAAGUGUUAGACUCACUCGAUGUGCUACAGAUAAUUGCUAUCUCUAGUAAAGACUGUGCAUGAAUUUUAAACAUUUUUUUUUCUGUGAAUAUAAAUCUGUAUAUUUAACCAGG